AAAUGAGCAGCUCAUCGAAACCCAGGAUAACGUUGUACACUUGGUUUUGCUGAGAGAGAGAGAUGAAGCAGGGCCUUGUAUGGAAACCCUCCUCUCUCUCUCUACCCCCCAUUUCUUCCAAAUGGACCUGCAACUCUACUUCCUCUCCUUCCUCUCUCUCUCUAGAUGGAAACCCAACUUCCCUCUCUCUAAAAACCUCAUCUAAUGGCGAUAUUUUAUCUGCGAAAGAGAGGAGGCAGCUGAGGAACCAGAGGAGAGAGAGCAAAACAAGUAAUUGGAGAGAGGAAAUAGAGGAGGCUCUCUCUAAAAAGACCAAGAAGAAGAAGAAACCUUCUUGGACUGAAGAGCUAAACCUUGAUAACCUCUCUCUAUUGGGGCCUCAAUGGUGGAUGGUUAGGAUCGCUAGGGUUUCAGACGUGGAUGCAGCUGAGCCUCUUGCUCGUUCCCUUGUUAGGAAUUUCCCCAAUCUUGAGUUCCAGGUUUACGCUCCAGCAGUCCAUGUAAAAAAGAAGUUGAAGAAUGGUACUUACUCAGAGAAGGCAAACCCACUCUUUCCUGGUUGCAUAUUCUUGAGAUGUGUUUUGAACAAGCAGAUACAUGACUUUAUCAGGGAGUACACUGGUGUUAGAGGCUUCAUUGGAUCUAAAGUUGGAAAUACCAUACGCCAGAUCAAUAAGCCCAAACCCGUGCCUGCAAAUGAAAUGGAAGCGAUAUUCCGACGAGCUAAAGUAGAACAGGAAGAAGCAGACCGGGUAUUCAAAGAUGAGCAACAGAGAGAAAGACUCGUUAAUGAAACAAACGGAGAGGAGAACACUGCUGAGAAGCCAAAAAGACGAACGAGGAAAAGUGCCAAGCCAUCUGCAAGUGAAGAUGCUCAUCAACUCAAAUCAGGAGAGGGGUCUGAACUUCUCCUUCCAGGUUCUAGUGUUAGGGUUUUGUCUGGUCCAUUUUCAGAGUUCACAGGCCUUCUAAGAGAAGUGGAUCACGAUGCUUCUAAGGCAAAGGUUGGUUUCAUGUUGUUUGGAAAAGAGAGCUUGGUCGACCUCGACAUCAACCAAAUUGCUCAUGUACCUAAGUGAACAAUCGCUCUUCCAGUUUAAGAUGGGCUCCAAGGUUGUUUUGGUCAUAUCAUGGAAUCAUAAUCUUGAAUGCGAUUGUAACGCUUGGAUGAGUUCCAAAUUUUUGUACGAGUUGAGUGUAAAUUGGAUAAAAUAUUGUUUUUAGAAUAAAUGAAAAAUUAGCACUAAUC